GCGCGGCCUUACUUUGGUGUGCACCAUCUUCGAGCCCGAAAAUCCGGCCCACACCGCCAAAACCGACGAGAAAGCCGUGGUCGUCUGUUGCCAUGGAAACGCUUGCUCUCGCUUGGACGCCUUUCUUCAGGUCUACUGCUUCCUGCCAUUGAACAUUGCAGUCUGCUGCUUCGACUUUUCUGGCUCAGGUAUGAGUGGUGGCGAGUAUGUGUCUUUGGGCUACUUCGAACGUGAUGACCUCGCAGCCGUGAUCCAGAAUCUACGAGAAAAGCGCGGCUACACUCGA